CAAAUGGAACGAAAAGGUGAGGGGGCGUUUCGGAUCAAACCACGAGGGUUUUGCGGAGAAUAACGAGGGAGCGGCGAACGAACAUAAGGGGGCGGAGGGGGCGAGAAAUUGGCUAAGACGGGGGAGUUAGGGCGCUCGGAUUCGAUCGAAACCCUAGGGUUUUGCGUGGCGAGCUAGGGUUUGCCUGCCAUGUCUGCGGGCGUCUGCGGGAAGCGCCUAGGGUUUGAGGAAAUCUUCGGAUCGCCCUCGCCGUCCUCGUCGGCGAAGAGGCCUCGCUGCUCCCGCUACGGUUCCCCCGUGCGAUCCCCGGAUUUGGCCCUCGGAUCCGAGGAUAAGGUCUCCUUUCUCCUCAGCUUGUUUCCUUCCAUGGAUCGGGAGGUCAUCGAGAGUGUUCUAAAUAACCAUGACCACAAAAUAGAUGAUGCCAUCAAGAGCCUCCACGCUCUGUGCCUCGGUGAUGGUGCUGCUAGGAACGAUUUAACUGGUCUUAAUGAUUUAACUGCACUUAACUCAAUGCUCAUGCCAAAUGACAAUCCUACUGAUAGUGGUAUGAAUUCAGAGAGAACUGAACAGCAUGUGGAAAGCACUCAUGCUGUGAAUGUGAACUCUGGAGAGAGUAUGCUUCAGAAUAGGGCUGCUUGGGUUGAUAUGUUUGUCCAAGAAAUGAUGAAUGCCUCAGAUUGGGAUGAUGUUAGAGGCCGUGCUAUGAAAUUCUUGGAAGCAUUUGAAAGAAAUGUUGUUGAGAAUGCCACCGCAUCAGCAGAGGAUGAAGCUAAUUCUCUCAAGGAGCAGCUGCAAUGUUUAAUACGAGACAACCAAAUCCUGAAGAAAGCUGUUGCUAUUCAGCAUGAACGCAAUUUGGAGCAUGAGGAGAAGGUAAAGGAAGUGCAACAAUUGAAGCUUAUUAUAAGCCAAUACCAAGAGCAAGUUCGUAAUCUUGAGAUGACCAACUAUACACUAAAGGUACAUCUACAAAAGGCACAGGAGGCCAAUUCGAUUCCAAAUCAUUUCCACCCAGACAUAUUCUAAAAAAGAAAAAAACCGCCUUAAGCAGUUGUAUUAUUGAUUUUAAAGUAUAAGCACCAAAAGUAUAAUAACGCCAAAUGCCAAAUGCCAAAUGCCAAAUGCCAAUCGUCCUCAUCGGCAUCCGUGUCCCCUAUAUAUCCUGAUCAGGUACGACUGGUGAAAGGUGUCUCUAAAGAGGAGUUGAGCUUUGUAAUUUACAUCAGUCGACUUGUUUCCAUCCGCUUGUUGCAGUAAUAGUCUUUUGCAUUUGUAUUAUUUUUGCUUUAUUUAACCGAGUUAGGUAAGUAGUGGCUUCAAUGCGAAGUAUAAGAAUGUGAUCAAUUAUUGUUUCAGCUAAGCUAUCAUAUUUUGUUGCUUUAUGAUCUUAUAAUUACAUCUAAGCUAUUAGCCUGAUCUAUGUCUUCAUAAUGUGGGUAUUUUAGUUAGUAAUUUUAGUCGGUAGACCCAAUACAAGUCUUUUAUUGAUUUUCCUGGACUCGACUGCUGAUCGUUGUGUUGUAUUUUUAAUGUUGUAACCGUUGGUGUGGACUUGGGCCGAAAUAAAUGAUCUUGGCCUGGCAUUUAGAAGGGA